AUGCUUUCAGCGCAGGCAACGGUCGCCAACGGCGGCCUGCCACAGGGCACCACCAAUGCCAAAAAUUUGCCGUACAUUUCUCGCGACGAGGUCGAAGCGAUGAUUUUCGAGGGUCGAAAGAUCAUUCUCGUGGAUGAUUUCGUCUUGAAAGUGGAUGCUUGGCUGAAGUACCAUCCUGGCGGCGAGAUCUCCAUUCUGCACAUGGUGGGAAGAGACGCCACUGACGAAGUCAAAGCGCUGCACUCGAUGGAGGCCGUACAACAAAUGCAACGAUACCGUAUCGGUCGCAUCCGCGCCCCUUGGAAAAACUUCCGACCGCCAAUUCAAGGCGGCAUGUUCCGAUCUGCCAGCGAAAUCGAAACGACGCAAGAUGGGCUGGCAAGCCCAAAGGGUUCGAGCUCGAGCGUGUCAUCGCGGCCGCCGUCGCCUGUCUUCGACACGGAGGGACCACAAGUCAAGCACCGGCGGCCGUCCAACGGAGACCGGCCAUCCUCGGUCUCGUCUGAUUCUAGCGCCGAUCCCGACGUGGACGGGAUGUCCUACUUGGAUGCAUUGACGCGCGAGCACAUCAGCCUGGACCUUGAAAAAUAUCCGCAGCCUGACCCGGCAACGCAGGCGCGCAUCAUCACCAAGUAUCGGGCGCUGUAUCAACGAUUGAUUGACGAGGGCUACAUGGUCACAAGCAAGACCGCGUAUGCGGUAGAAUGCUGUCGGUAUCUGGCGCUGUUUUGCGGCUCGCUGCUAUUCCUCAAGUUCGGCCAGUACGCGCUGAGCGGACUGUGCUUGGGUCUGAUGUGGCAUCAGCUGGUCUUUACGGCCCACGACGCGGGCCAUAUCGGCAUCACGCACAACUACCAGGUCGACUCCCUGCUGGGAAUCCUCAUUGCAGAUUUUAUCGGCGGUCUUUCCAUGGGCUGGUGGAAGAACAACCACAACGUUCACCACAUUGUGACGAAUGCUCCCGAGCACGACCCUGAUAUUGAGCACAUGCCGCUCUUUGCCAUCUCACACCGUCUGUUGGGUAGCUUGCGCUCGACCUACUACGACCGGGUCAUGACGUAUGAUGCUGCUGCCAAGAUACUCUUGCGGAUCCAGGCCUGGACGUAUUAUCCUUUUCUCGCCCUGGGCCGAUUCAACCUCUACGUUUUGUCCUGGCAGUUUCUCCUCACCGGCCGCGGGCCGAAGAAGGGCAUCUCUGCGUGGCAUCGUUGGGUGGAACUUGCCGGACACCUGUUUUUCUGGUACUGGUUUGGGUACCUCAUGGUGUAUAAGUCGAUUCCGGACGGGUGGUCGCGGUUCACCUUCGUCAUGGUCAGCCACAUCGCGUCGUCGCCGCUGCACGUGCAGAUCGUGCUGUCGCACUUCGCCAUGAGCACGGCGGAUCUGGGCCCGCAGGAGUCGUUCCCGCAGCGGAUGCUCCGGACGACGAUGGACGUGGACUGCCCGUCGUGGCUCGACUUUAUUCACGGCGGGCUGCAGUUCCAGGCGAUCCACCACAUGUUCCCGCGGAUGCCACGUCACAACCUCAGGAGGGCUCAGAAGCUUGUGAUUGAGUUUUGUAACGAGGUGGGCAUCCCGUAUGCCUACUACGGGUUCGCGGACGGGAACAAGCAGGUCAUUGGGCGGCUUGCGGAGGUGUCGCAGCAAGCAGCCAUUUUCUCCAAGUGUCAACAGUCGAUUGUGCAGAGUGGCGACUUUUAUGGCCACCAUUGA